GAAGAAAUGAGCCAUAAAAGUAAGAAGCGGAUCAAAGAAGCGAAACGGAGCGCCAGACCCGAACUGAAGGACUCGAGCGACUGGAUCAAACACGAUUACAGCGAGAGCUUCGAUCUGUCACACCGGACAGUGAAGGACAAUGUCGAGCGAGUGGACGCCCAGCGUCUCAGUCCAGAAGAGUUCAUUCAGCGAUUUGAGAAGCCUUACAAGCCCGUGGUUCUACUCAACUGUCAGGAGUCAUGGCCUGCGCGGGAAAAAUGGACCCUGGAGCGACUCAAACGCAAAUACCGCAACCAGAAGUUCAAAUGUGGCGAGGAUAACGAUGGCUACUCUGUCAAAAUGAAGAUGAAGUAUUACAUGGAGUAUUUGGAGUCCACGCGGGACGACAGCCCCCUCUACAUCUUCGAUAGCAGUUUCGGCGAGCACGCCAAACGGCGCAAGCUUCUGGAAGACUACCAGGUGCCGGUUUUCUUUAGGGACGACCUCUUUCAGUUUGCGGGGGAGAAACGCCGCCCCCCCUACAGGUGGUUUGUGAUGGGUCCUGCCCGCUCUGGAACAGGCAUCCACAUCGAUCCGCUCGGCACGAGUGCCUGGAACGCCCUGGUCCAGGGCCACAAACGCUGGUGCCUAUUCCCCACGCACACGCCCCGCGAGCUCAUCAAGGUGACUCGAGAGGACGGGGGUAACCAGCAGGAUGAGGCCAUCACCUGGUUUAGUGUGAUCUACCCACGCACGCAGCAGCCCACCUGGCCAGCCGAGUUCAGACCGCUGGAGAUUCUGCAGCACCCUGGAGAGACUGUGUUUGUGCCAGGUGGAUGGUGGCAUGUUGUGCUCAACCUGGACACCACCAUUGCUGUGACCCAGAAUUUCGCAAGCACCACCAACUUUCCCAUCGUAUGGCACAAGACUGUGCGGGGCCGCCCUAAACUCUCCAGGAAGUGGUACAGGAUUCUGAAGCAGGAGAGGCCUGAUAUUGCUGCUCUGGCUGAUAAAGUCGAUCUGCAGGAGUCCACGGGCAUCGCCUCAGACAGCUCCAGUGACUCUUCCUCCUCUUCCUCCUCCAGCUCCUCCGACUCUGAUUCAGAGGCCGAGUCUGAGGGCGACGCCAUGACCCACCGCAGAAAGAAGAGGAGAACCUGCAGCAUGAUGGAAAACGGUGACAUCACAAGCCAGGAUGACUGCGUGAGCAAAGAGCGCAGUUCAUCACGGUGAUGUCCCGCCCCCUUUCACAACACCAGAGGGGCUGCAGUCUUAAUCGUCUCUUAGACCGAGAAACAUCGCGCUCGCUCUGUCUGUCUGUCGGCCUCAGGAGACUCCUGUCCAAUAGAUAAGAGGUUGUCGCUGAAGUCUGGGCAUUCGAUAACAUACUUGGCCCCGGAGUUAUCUGCCCUAGUGCGCUUUUAGAGAUAAACAUGAACAAAAUAUCUAAAUAUGUGCUUGUUGGAGGAGUUUUCGCAUGGAUGAGCGAACAGCUGUGUGGGAAAGUGCAGAAAACCCUUCUCGUGUUGCCUUUGCUGAAGUCAGACUCUGGACAGAAAGCUUAACUACCCCUCCUAUCCUAGUGCCAACAUCAUCAAUCUGUGUUUGAAUCUGAAUGCAUGCCGUUCUUUGUUUUCCCAGGGGUUAUGCUACCAUUCUUGAGAUGUAUCUCGACCUGUGUGGGGUUAUUUUUGAUUUGGCUUGAUGUGAAAUGCUGCCUUUAUUAUUGAUUCUACACCAUUCUUGAAAAUUCUCUCAUUAUUUACUCACCUUCCUGGCAUCCCAGAUGUGUAUGACUUUCUUUCUUCUGCAGAACACAAAUUAAUAUUUUUAGAAUUUUUUAUUUAGAAGAAUAUUUCAGCACGUGGAUGUGUGCCAAAAUUGUGAAGCUCCAAAAAGCACAUAAAGGCAGCAUAAAAGUAAUCCAUAUAACUCCAAUGGUUAAAUCCAUGUCUUCAGAAGUGAUAUGAUAGAUGUGGGUGAGAGAAAGUUAAAUAUUUAACACGUCAUACAUUUUCUCCCUGCCCAGUAGGUGGUGAUAUGCAUGAAUAUUGUGAAUUACCAAAAACAGAAGGAGAAAGUGAAGGAAAAGGAUGUAAAUAUUGAUCUGUUUCUCACCCACAAUUAUCAUAUCACUUCAGGAUACAUGGAUUUAGCCACUGAAGUCUUAUGGAUUACUUUUAUGAUGCCUUUAUGUGCUUUCUGGAGCUUCAAAGUUCUAUUCACCAUUUACUUGCAUUGUAUGGACCUACAGAGCUGAAAUAUUCUAAUAAAAAUCUUCAUUUGUGUUCUGCAGAAGAAAGAAAGUCAUACACAUCUGGGAUGGCAUGAGGGUGAGUAAAUGAUGAGAGAAUUUUCAUUUUUGGGUGAACUCUCCCUUUAAACAUGUCUUAUUGCUGGCUAUAGGAAACCAGCCCAUAGUGCUUAAAGGAAUAUUCCGGGUUCAAUACAAGUUAAGCUCAAUUGACAGCAUUUGUGGCUUGAAAUUAUUACUAUAAAAAUUUAUUUUGACUCGUCCCUUGUUUAUUAAAAAUGGCAGUGAGGAACUUAAAAUGGAAGUGAAUGGGGCCAAUCUGUAAACGUUAAAAUACUCACUGUUUAAAAAAUAUAAACACAAGACAUAAUAUGUGUGUAAACAUGAUUUUUAGUGUGAUAAAAUCUCUGUUUUAGAUUAAAUUAGUAUGAUAAAUUGUUUUCCGGUUUUAUACUGUUUAUCGAUGUUACGUCAUCAUGACAACAAAGUUGUAAAAUUGGCUAUAACUUCAAACAGAAAAGGUCAGUAAGUGAUUUUAUCACACUAAAAUCAUGUUAACACAUGUUGUUUAUGUCUUGUGUCUAUACUUUUGAAACAGUGAGUAUUUUAAUGUUUAUAGAUUGGCACCCAUUCACUUCCAUUGUAAGUGCCUCACUGUAACUGAGAUUUAUUUAUUUAUUUAUUAAACAAUGGACAAGUCAAAGUGUUAUGCCACAAAUGCUGUCGAUUGAGCUUAACUUGAACCUGGAAUAUUCCUUUUAAAUGGAUAGUCCGCCAAAAAACAAUCAUUUUUAUCUUUUUUUUUUGUUUUUUUGUUUAUUGUAGUCUUUAUUUACUCACCCUCAUGUUGUUCCAGACCUGUAUAACUGUCAUUUGUGGAACACAGAGUGAAAUUUGAAAUAAAAUCCUGGCCACUCUUUUGGAUAUUAUAAAGGUAAAUGGGAUCUGGGACAGUCAAGCGUUUUGACCACUGCAGUUCAAGUCUUCCAAAGCUUUGCGAUAAUUUGGUCUUCUCAUAUGUGCCAUAUUUUGACAUCAACGACGUUUAUUCACGAGACACAUCUCGUCAAAUGGCAAGUAGUCCAUGCAACUUCUGUAUUGUUUUUCAGUCUGUUCCUCUCACAAGCCAUUGUAUGGCUCCAUAAGAUUUGGAAAACAGCAUACAAAUCAUAUAGACCCCUUCCUUUUUUAUGUAAUUUUGAAGCUUGACGGCCCCAAUCCCCGUUUAUUUAUGGAAAAGAGCUGCCAGGAUGUUCUUUAAAAAUUCAAACAUGACAGAAUUUUCACUUUUGGUUGAACCAUUACUUCAAAACUGUUAAAUAGUUGUCACAAAAUUCAAUUUUAGAUUUAUAUCGUUGAAUUCAUAAUGCACUACACAUCAGUCUAAAAGACUAACUUUACCUGAAUAACAUUGUAGUUCAGCCGAAAGCUGGCACAUCUUUUGUUAAAAGUUGAAACUAUUAUGAAUGCUCAGUCGCAAUACUUUAGAUUUCGACUAACAAGAAAGGUGUUGAUGGAUUGUCUUUUCAGACCUGUGGACUCAAACACUCCACAAAGACCAUUAGCAGUGAAUUCAGUGUUUAAAUUAGCACAUACGUUUCAGACAACUAAAAUGCUAGUAAAGCGCCUUUGUGCCCUACUGUUGGUGACCGCUCCGUGCGAGUUAAACACUAGGGGGCGGUAAUGCUUAUUUAUAUUACACUAGAGAUACAUUGCAAUCAUGGUUGAUCAAUGAAAAUCUGCGAAUAGUUAUUUUUUCCUCAGAAGACAAAGAAAUACUUAAAAAAAAAAAAAAAAAAAAAAAACUUCUUUGCGCAAUAAUCUUAACUUUGUUUGUUUUUGACAAAAGCAAAAAGCUCUAAAUAUGGUAACCUGUCAUGAUCUAAAUAUGUUUCAGGGCUACAAUAACCAAAUGUUAUAUAUGCUGUGUAUUGUGAGGGUAAUGAAUAAUGAGCAAAACUUUUUUUUUUUUUUUUUGUGAAAAGAGCUCUUGAAAUGUUUGUGACAUUGGUGUGUGUGUGUGUUGGCUGGUCUAAAACACAACAAGAAGGAAGAUGUCUUUUAAAAAAGUGCCUAUUUUUUUCAUGUUGGUCAUUCAAGCUGCAUUCAGUUUCUCAUAUCAUCGUUUCUCGGAGCUUAAUUACAAAAAUUACGGUUUUGAAAUGCGAACAUGCGAAAAUUCUGUCCUCAUUUACUCAACAUCUUGUUCAUAUGACUUUCAUCUGUGGAACAUAAAAGGAGGUGUCAGGUCACCAUUUACAUUCAUUAUUUGGGAAAAAGAUGCAGUGAGGGUGAAUGGUGACUGAGGCUAACAUCCUGCCUAACAUCUCCUUUUGUAUUGUACAGACAAACAACAUGAGGGUGAGUAAAUGAAGACCAUUCCCAUUUUGGAAUGAACUGUCACAUUAAGGUUUGAUCGACUACAAAUGACUACUUGCUCUUGUAGCUCCUAUGAUAAAGCAGAUUUGAGUGUGUUUUCUGUAUGGGCUGUUCUUGUUUGUGCUCUUCAUCACUGGCUCUGUCAUGUGACUCCUUUUAUCCACUGGGAUUCAUGUGUGUGGGGAGAAAAGUGACACCUUGAUGUUGCUGAGAUCAAAACAACCUAAUUAAUAUAGUUAAUUAAUAAAACUUUCUAUGUA